AUGAUGAAUGGAAACGGCCAGCUAUCUGUUCCACCUGGCUUUCGAUUCCAUCCCACGGACGAGGAGUUACUUUAUUAUUACCUGAGGAAGAAGGUAUCCUAUGAAGCCAUCGACCUUGACGUUAUAAGGGAAGUGGAUAUCAACAAACUUGAGCCUUGGGACCUCAAAAACAAAUGCAGGAAUAUUGAGUCAGGCGGGCCUCAGAACGAGUGGUAUUUUUUCAGCCACAGAGACAAAAAGUAUCCAACUGGAACUCGGACAAAUCGGGCCACCACAGCUGGUUUCUGGAAGGCGACUGGGAGGGACAAAGCCAUUCACCAAAGCAAUUCAAAGAGGAUUGGUAUGAGAAAAACUCUUGUCUUUUACACGGGACGUGCCCCUCAUGGCCAAAAGACGGAUUGGAUAAUGCACGAGUAUCGCCUGGACGAUGACAAUGCCGAGGAAGAUGGAUGGGUCGUCUGCAGGGUAUUCGAGAAGAACAAUCAUAGUGGAGCUUCCCAACCUAAAGAUGCUCCAGAACAAAACUUGGCUCACAUCAAGACAAGUAGUUCCACUGAUCUAUUAAUAUUGGAGCCGAAACAGAGUUUGCAAGCAGUAUAUGGUUGCACCUUUGAUGGGCAUGGGUCCAUAUAUCUGCCACAGUUACUGACUCCUCCUGAGUCAGCUGUUCAUCCGUCCUUGAACCUCACGGACAUGGAGUUUUCUCAGGACUUGUUGAGGUUGGCAUCAGGCAGUUGUGGAGGUCUUGUUCAACAGGAAAGGUUUAGUACUGGCGAUUGGUCAUUCUUAGACAAGCUUCUAGCAUCCCAUCAAGUCCAGUUUCAGGGUAAAUGCAAUCCUUGGUCGGUGCCACGCUGUUGA